AUGUCUGCAGCGCAUCAAGUAUCUAGCUUUUUAGAAAUCCCAACAAAGAAGGAGACCGACGCGGCACUUGUAACGAUGGAGGCACCGUCCGACUUCACGCCGGCCCGCGCACCUAUUCUGUGCCUGGUGUGUACCGCCACUGCGUGUGGCAGCCAGCUCAUUGCGACCAUCAAUGUUACUCUAGACACCACACUGGCUGAGGUGCGGUCGGUGUUGGUCUCGCUGGCGGCGGGAGGCGACGGGGGGCCGGCGGCGGUGAAGCAGCCGCCUACAAACGUCUCUGCCAAGCAGGCACAUAUGAUCGUCUCCUCCCCACUGCACCCGUUCAACUUCACAGAGACGUUCAGCUUUGUGCACUGCGGCGGCUGCCGCGCCUACGCGCGUGCCAAGGAGGCGUCGCUCCUUAUAGAAGAUGUGCUGCCGCGCUACCCGCGUUUUGGUGUUCCACCGGCGAGUCUGUCGGCAAGGGAAGGACUAUCUUCCAGCACCGCGGUGCUCGGCACUGCGACGGCAGGGAGCAGGCGGCGUGUGUGCACGAGCAGCUGCACGCGGUGGCUUCCCGACGCGGCCCCGCCGCUGGUGGUGGUGGCACACCCGCGCCAGCAAAAGGGGCGCCGAUCACACCGGCGUCACCAGCGUGUUUCCCACCAGGCGGACGAGAAAGGGACGUCGGUACUGGACGUUCCUCGCAUGCCGCGGCAGAAGCGCUAUGCCCUGGCAGCCCUCUUUGUCACCCCAGGCGACCAUGCGGAGGGCGGGCUCCGUGCAGAGCGCGUGGUGGCCGAGCGUCUCCAGCUGCAACUUCCCGACCCGCUGCGCGGCUUAGGGGCUGCCGUCAGCGGCCCAGGACUCUUUUCCUCUGCCACGCUCGCCGCCAACUAUGGACGUCCGUUCCGCUUGGAGACGUGGUGCUGUGGCGUGACCCGGUGGAACGGCAACACAGAAGAUUUCCUCGGUCGCACGCUUCUGCACGAGGCGGCGCAGGUGGGGAACGAGGCCGCCGUCCACUUCCUGGCGUCGCAGCCGUACGUCGCCGUGGACGCGGCCGAGCGGCAAUCGGGAUGCACCGCGUUGCAGCUCGCUGUUCUGGGAAAUCACGUGGGUGUUGUAAAGGUGCUGCUCGAGGAAGGCGGCGCCAACCCGCUGAUUUCCAACCGCGCUGGCGACACCUCACUCCACAUCGCGCUGGAGCGCCGCCGCGCGGUUCUGGUGGGCCUGCUGUGCGCUCGUCUGCGCGCGCUUCAGGUGCCGCCCGCGGCGCUGCAGGAGGAGUCUAUGCGCAACAGUAUCAGCUACACCCCAGUGGAGCUGUUUCGCCUGUACUCGCCCUCCCUCGGCGACCUUUGCCGCGAUGGGGCGAGCUUGCUGGCUGUGAAGUCGCUGGUGCAUCACUACUUCUUCUCUCCCGACGAGGUGACGACGCGUGAUGCGUUUUCUGGCCAAAGUGUCCUGCACGCAGCCGUAGCAGGCUCUGGCUUGGAUGUUGUGCGAUACGUCGCUGAGGACCUGGGCCUUGCCGCACGUCUCUCGGUGCCUGGCGGUCCAUACGCAGACCUCUUGUUCGAUUACCGUCGGCAGACACCGCUGCACGUGGCCGCCGCCACCGGUGAGCCGGCGUGCGUGCAGUACCUCCUCCACAACCUGCCAGCUUCGUGCCUGACGCAGCCCGACGUGAACGGCAGCACCCCUCUCCUGGCGGCGAUGAAGGCGCGGCGAUGGCGCGUGGUGGAGCUGCUGCUGGCGCAGUGUCCGCCUGGAACCCUUGCGGCCGCCGUGCAGGACCGCAGCGGGCUCUCUGCGCUCCACUUUGCCUGUAGUCUUGGGAUGACCCGCGUGGCAGCCAUCCUUUUGCAGCACCACAGCGCCGUUGCAGCGCAGCGCUCCGUUGCCGCAAGGCCGUCCUCGUCUUUCUCCUCCGCGUCUUCUAUGACUGCUGAUGAGCAGUGGGGGUCUCACUGGGAGAACAUUGCCCUUGUGCGGCACAGUGCCCUGCGCGGCCGGCUGCGCAAGCUCGAGGAGCGCGAAAUCAGGCGCCAGGCUCAGCGGCAGCAGCGGAGUGCUGCUGCGAGCGGCUCCUUGACAAGCCACAGCGGACGCAGCUACUGCCCACUCGCCGAGGACGCUGAUCCAGUGGCGGCUGUGAAGGCUGCUCGGCAGUACCCAUACGGUGGCGCGCGGCGCGGCUACACACCACUGCGAUGCGCCCUCCUCUACGCCGUGCGCAGAGGCAACGGCCCAGCCACCGUGCCGGCCGACCUCCUCCGAGUUCUAUGCGAGUACGGCGCGCUGACGGCCGAGACGGCAGAUGACACUCGCGACCUUCUCUUUUACCUUCUCACCCACCGCUCUGAUGCUGCUGCCGAGCCGCUCUUGGCCUGGGUAACGGAGCGCUGUGCCGCCGCGGUCGCGGUGCUGCGGCGUGACAACGUCCUCCUGUGCCGCUUCUGCGCCCUAGGUGACGCCAUAGGCGUGCGCUGGUGCGUUGAGAAGCAGCUGUGCGAUGUGCACGCCACGGCUGUGAAUCCGCUCGUGGCCUGCGCUGCUGCUGGUGAUGCAGCCGCCGCGGCUUUUCUCAUUAAGUGCGCCGGUGCCGACGUGAACGCCAUGGCGGGUCAUGAGUCUGCCCUCGCAGUGGCGCUGCGGGAGGGCCACGAGGAGGUGGCGCAGGUCCUCAUCCUCAACCAGGCAGCUCUUUCGUCUCGGGAUGGCUCGUGGACUGCGCUUCAGCAGGCGACGAGCUCCAACUUGGAGAGCGUGGUUCGCGGUCUUCUGGGAUCUUGCGCUAUCGACCCAUUCCACGUGUCACGCGUCCUUCUUCGCACGCUGCAAGGGCUCGUGUACGAAAGGCCGUCGCGGAGGCGCGAGAGGUCUCGCUUGGCAUCAUACCUAGCUCGUGCCUGUGACCCACUCGCCUUCGAGGUGCACCCGACAGAGCUGCUGCACUUGUCCGCUGCGGUGGGGUGCUUUGAUGUCACGCUCGCCCUGGCGGAGCGCCUACAGGCACUGCCAAAGACGGUAUGGGCGGAGCUGCUGGCAACAGCACCGCCACCACCGCCUCGCCCAACGACGCUGAUUGCGCCCACUUUGGUGCCUCUCACCAUCAAAGCCCCGCGACUGCUGCCGAACCGUCUGACCGGCCGAGGUGGCCUCUACUGCCCACCAAAGCCGUUUUACCGGCUUGUCGUGCCCACUGUUCGGCGGGCCACCGUCGUGACGCUGCUGCACCGCGUGAAAGUGCGCGACGUGUACAGCUACGCCGUGGAGGCAGGCCAAAUCGACUUGGUGCGCUCGCUGCGGUACAGCCUCCACCUGCCGCCGUGGCCGCUGCGCGACGUGCGGGGGUGGACGGUGACGGACUACGCGAUGGCACACCACAGCCGCAGCAGGGCGUCUCUUGUGGCACUCUUCAUCGCUGCCGGCAUCGCACCCGCAACGCGGCACGGGCGGCGCAUGCUGCACAGCAGCGGAGAUGAUGCGUUGGUGGCGGCAGUGCACUACGCACAGCAGCAGCGCUGGAAGACAGCGGCAGCUUUGCAGUGUGUGGCCAAAACCGCGAGUGACGCUGGGGCAGAGGAGCGUCACGCCGGCGAGCAAGCCGCCAUGGCAGCGCUGGAGCUGGUCGCUGACACCCUCUUCUGCCUCGUCAACGCUUCCGCAGAAAAGCGGGUCAGUGAUGGAGGAACCGCAACUGUGCGCUGCGUCUUGGACGCCUUUCUGGAGACCCGUCAUCUGAGUGACUUCCACCACGUGCCGUGUGCGUGGCUCGGCCGUGUUGUGGUGGCCUGCGCUGCGGCGGGACGGUUGGAUGUGCUGCGACUGCUCAAGGAGCACUACAGUGUAGACCUAGCGCAAGACUGGUGCAAUGGCGCUUCGCUGUCGCCGCUGAGUGCGUCUGGCACGCAACCGACACCGCUUCUCAUGGCAGUGCACCAGCGCCACAGCGACAUUGUGACGUACCUCCUCAAGGCCGGAUGCGCCGUGCACGAGCGCAGCUGCCCCACCGCUGCCAUGACCGCGCACGUUCCGCUAGGGAACAUACACGCCUCGCUAAUCAGUCCACUUUGCUUGGCGGCGUGGAAGCGCGACUAUGUGCUACUGCGCCUGUUGCUGGCGGGUUCGCCACCGCUCCGGGCGGAGGAUACGGAGGAGGAGGUCGGCCGCAGCGUUGGCGAUGUAUUGCGUGGACUGGUGAUGAGUGCGCCUCCUGGCAUGCAACGUGAGGCAGAGGCGGCGCUGGCCGACUGCGUGCGCGCACUCGCCACGGCCGGCCACCCGCUGCGGUUUGCCGGCACGGUGCGCGUCGCUGCGGCGAAGGGACUCGUGCAGGUGGCGCAGGCGCUCGUGGAGUGCUACGGCAGUGCCGCCCUUCUCGCAGACUUAGCUGUCUCGCUUGACGGCCGCGACGCAGAGGCCGAGGAGGAUGCAGAGGAUGCCGCCGCGCCACGCGUUCGGGGGCAGCUGACCGCUCUCGCCUACUUCGCCGCAGACGCGCGCCUCGUGCCAGCGCUUCGCGCUCUGUUGGUAGAGCGGAUGGUGGAUGAGUAUCAGCUGGAGUCAUGGAGGCCGACCACGCUGGCUGCUACGGUGCAGGCGUUGUGCCGCAAGGCUGGCCGGCGUGGCGCGCGCGUGACGGCGGCGGCCGUGGACUACGCGCUGUGGCGCGGCUGUGCCGACGGCGCUGUUGUGCUGCUUGCGCUCGGUCUUGUAGGGCGCGGUGUGGCGCCGGCGCCGCGUCCGCCGUGCGGUGCGGGUAGCGCUGUCACACGCGUCUCUGCGCGGGCGCUGUCCUUGUGUCUGCACCUCUUCAGCGUCCUUCGGCUGUGGCACAAGCGGUGUGGUCAAUACAAGUCCUACACAGUGCUCCACAGCGCUGCAGAACUCGGCUAUGGGGACGUGGUGAGCGCUCUAACGGCAGAGAUGAUGGGGCUCCACCUCCCCGUCGUGGGCUCCGACGGCAACGGCUCUGUGCUCUCGUACUCGAACACCCGCGCCACGGUCACCGCGCCGUCACUCUACGCCCUCGCCGCGACCCACGCGGAUGGGUGGAGGUGGUUCCCGUACUUUGAGCGCGUGGAACUUGUACUCGACCCUCGAACCCUUUACAUCGCGGCUCGCGACAUGUUUGCGCUGAUCUUCAGCGACUUUGGCGUGUCGCAGACGGUGGACCGGGUGUGCCGUCGCGCCGCCCAACACAAGCUCUUGGGCGACGUCUUCAGCGUCUUCGACAGCGCUGGAACUCCUGCGGCCGCUAGUGCUAGUCUGGGUGACAUGCGCAACCCCGGUGCGCUGAAGUCUGUGGCGGAUAUCGGUGGCGCGCCGGCAGCAACGCGCGGGUGUGCAGUCUCGGCGUCGUUUGUGUCUCGCCAGCUGCAGCUGAGACCGGCGGCCUUUUUCUUGGCUGGGGGAACCUACGUGCUCACGAGCCUGACGUCGCUGACGUGUGCCAUCGCGGCCGGCAGCCUGGAGUGGGUGCAGUACAUUGCCGUACAAGGACCUUCGUUGGUGUACCACCGCGCCACGGCGACCCGACUUAGCACGGCAGCAGACAGGAGGGCGACCACGAAGGAGCGCCACGCUCAGCUGCAGGCUACAAUGGUCGCUGGUAAUCGACCCCGUCCAUGGCACCUGCGGCAAGGAUCAACGCGCCGUCCGCACCGCUGCGAGGCCCGCCUCGACGAUAGGAGAAGUGCAAGUGCCGCGUCGGCGCACAUCGCAGAUGGCGUGUGUAGCAUGGGCGCGUUGACGCUGUGCAUGGCGAUGCUGGCAGAGGCGCAUCUGCGUCGCCAAGGCUCCGCCAUGGCACAGACGUACGAGGAUAUACUGACCCACUUACUCUCCUGGCCCGGUGCCACGCCGCGCAAGGAGACGAUUAACCUGCUUGCCAUUGUAGCGGCUUCGCUGCGGAGGUGGCCACUUCUGAUGUUGAUUAUGCAGCAGGCGGACCGCCUCUACGCGGCGGGGCUACUGACAGGCAUGGAUGAUGCCCAAGAACAGCAGUGUCCGUCGGCACUGCCGCGCUACUUAUUCCCGUUGCUGCCGGAGGAGCUCCCAGCCGUUUUGGCGCAUGUCAUAGGCAGCGCCCGGCACGUCAUGCACGCCGUCGCCCGCUGGGCCCCAAAGGACGUACUCAUCGAGGUGACCCGUCAUUGUCAGCGCUCCGACGUUGAGGCGGCCGCAGAUGCGCGGGGCUGCACGAGCGUCUACCACGCGCUGCACCACCGACAGCCGUUUGCGCUGGAGACGUUUGCAGCCCUUCGAGUGCCGAUGGGCCAGCCAUGCCGCAAGCGGCAGUGUCAGACGCCACUGAUGGUCGCCGCGGCUCGCGGGUGUACGGCAUUCGUUGUGGCGCUGCUCAAGCCGCAUCGAGUGAAUCAGAGGGACAGGGAGGGCCGCACCGCGCUCAUGCUCGCCGCCGCGCACGGCCACAGAGCCACCGUGGAGGCACUCCUGGCGGCCAACGCCGACGUCUCCCUCGGCGACUCGUGCGGCCGCACAGCUGUGAUGCUGGCGGCCUUGGGCGGCUACGACGAUCUCGCCGUGCAACUCGUGCAGAACUUCUGCCAUGCCGGUGACUUGAUGUCCGCGCAAACGUCCGUGCUGCACUGCGCGGCGGUCGGCGGAUGCUGGCGCACCACGGCUGCGGCCCUGAAGCUGGCGGUGCCGCCCGGCGCGCAGCUGAUGGGUGGCUGCGCCGAAGCCUUUGCGCUGCUCGCGCUACGCGAGGACAUGGACGGGCACACGCCUCUGCACCUCGCACACGCCUUUGGCAGCGCGCGGGUCCUGCAUGAACUGCUGCAGGUGCUAUUCAACUUCUGCGAGGAAGGGGGGACAGUGCAAGGGCUGCUGGCGCGGCUGAGCACGCAUGGAGGCGGCUCCAUCGAAAAGCGGCUGCUGCUGUGCGACUCCACGCUGCAGCAGUACGGCUGGCUUCGUGGUGUUCUCGAGGUAAACGCUGCACUUCAGGAGAAGGUGCGCCAAGGGUAUGAGCAGAGCCCCGCUGCGCGUGGGUUGAAAGCGGGGGAGGUGGUCUUUCAGCCUUUCGCGCCGCCCCUGCGCAGCGCCGCGUCGCUGCUGCUGUGGUGCGUGCAGACAAGUAACACGGUUGGUCUGCGCGUGCUCGCCGACUACAACGUCGCGGACGACUGCGGCGUGCUGCACGUGGCUGCCGCAAACGGUUCCCUUAAUGUCGUGAAGCUGCUCGUGCAACUGGAGAUGAGUGAUCCAUCGAUGCAAGACGCGCGAACGGGCCGCUACGCCUUCGAGUGGGCAGCGCUGCACGAGAACGCGGAGUGCGCCUCCUUUCUUCUUACCCACACCGCGCUCGACUGCGCCGCGUUGCUUGACAGUUGCAUGAGCGAGAACGACAACGGCGCCAUGGGCACUGAGGAGGUGCCACCGGAAACAAACGGCGGAUGGACAGGAGAGGACGCAAGCGGCAACGCGCCAAGAGCGGGCGACUCCAGUUCAGCCGCGUCAUCUGCGGUGCCGCUGCUUCACGUGAUGGCCGGCCACUGCGGUGGCCAGCUGCUGCUGCAGUUCGUUGAGCAGAUCCUGUACACAGCCGCUCGCACGUACAUGGUGCCAUCGACCCGCCACGGCGGCGCGAGUGGUGAGCAGAGCGGUGCAGAGGUGAUGAGCUUGGUGCUCUACCGCGCGCUCCAGCGACCAGCCGGGCCGUCGCGUCUUACCCCGCUCGAGUACGCGAUUGCGGUUGGCGACCCUGCGGCGGUCCUACACACGGCGCAGGUGCUGCAGCGUCUCCAGGAGACAGCCGAUGCGCUGAAGCCGGCGCUGUCGUCGUCCGUGCGUUUCGCACCGAUGGGCUCUGGGCGAUCCAACACUGCCGGUGCGGUGCGGUGGGACGGUGAGGAGGGCGUCGCCUCUCUCCAGCCAAGCGACCACGCGUCUACCACCCGCAACGGGGCGGUGUUUGUGUCCAAGUCUUUCCUGAGCUGGGUGCCAAUACUCAGCCCCGCCGUGCGUGCCAUCCUCUUUGACGUGCUUGGCAUGUGGGAGGUGGCCAGCGUCGCCGGCUUCGCUCCGCAGCGCCACGUGGCGCAGACCUCUCUCACGACGCCGCCCACAGACGGUGGCGCCGAUGCGAAUUGUGAGCGCAAGCUACAGCAGUCCCUUUCCUUGCAGCAGCGCGGCGAGGAUGAGGCGGCAGCGGCUGCUACAACAAAGGGGACUGUGUCUGCUCUUGCGGGCACGCAGCGCGUCCGGUUCAGCGAUGUGCGCCUUCUCGGCAUCCACAUGCUUCAGCAGGAUGACUACUGCGCCGAGCUGCUCCACGACUUUCUCACGCCAGAUCACGAGCGCGAAGUGCUACGGCUGCUCCUGCAGGACUUCCCGUACAAGAUCCGCUACGAGCCAGACUCAUAUCGACAGUGCAGCUUGUCGACCCAGACGCAGCUGCUGCGGUGGCUUGGUACGUCCCUGGUACUCGGCACCUACGACGUUCCGCCUCCGAGCAGCGUCCCGACGACUUCGUGGGCGGCGGCCACGGGGGCGGAGCGCGAGAAGGUGGCUACCGUUGACUCGAUUGAGAUACAGGUGGUGCCUCACCGCGGCGAGGAAUUUGUCGAGCUCAAUGGCACGGCGCUCUCGCACUCCUUGUACUUAUCGACGGCCCAGCAUGCACUGGCCAUCCCGGACGUGAUGGCGAGACUGCCCCGUACACUGUGCACACAGCGCGAGGUAUGGCGGGCGGAGCUGGCGGCCGUAAGCGCACGUGCGACGCGGCUGCUGCAGCGCCAAGCGCAUCCUGUGCUGCAACGCAGCACUGUCACCGUCGACUGGAACCUCUCGAUGAUGUCGAGCGAUGGGACCACGAGUGUAUCGGCAGACCUCGACGGGUACGGCGCUGUCUUUGUGCGCGUCUGCGAAGCCCUGCGCACCUUCAUGGACUGGGUGCGUGGUCAGCUGCGGAGUCUUCUUGCCGAGGUCGACGCUGCAGAUCUUGCGGCGGUCGUUGUCGGGGUGCGGCAGGGCGGGAUGGCUGGCUUGCAGGUACGUUUCCGGUACGUCACCGAGGAGCAUGCCGUCACGCGCUUUCCAGCUGCGCCCACGGCGGCAGCUUCUACCGCGCUGAUGUUCAAGAGCGCGGCGUACCCGUCGUGCUGCAUCGAGUUCAACGAAGUCACACAUACAGACGUGAUGCACGUCUGCCAGGCCACGAUUGGGCGGGCCAUUGCCGCAGAUGUGGCUCUGGUGCGGGUGCACCACACGAGGGACCGCUUCUUGCAAGUUGUGCACCAGCUUCUUUCUGCGCCGAAGGGGGUCGCGGUGGUGUCGACAACGCCACCACGACAUGUAGAUGUUUCCAAGGAGAAUGGUCGAAGCGCUGCAGCUGACGUGUCGCCGUCGCCACCCCGGGACGCGGAGGAGCUGAAGAAGAGCAGACGCACAAAGAGUGCCUGUGGGUUAGCCACGCCACCGCUGUCGUCGGAGUUGCUUCGGUUCAAGCUCGAGCUGGAGGGCACCACGCUGGACGCAAUGCCCGUGCAGGAGUUUGAGCGACUGCUGCUGGCCGAGACGGCGGCGGCGAUCGACGCAGUGGUAUCGCCCUGGCCACGUGCGGCGUCCCCGUCGCGAAAAUCGACGGCUGACGCACCGACCAAGGCGUACGAUGCAUUCCACUCCGCCGCGAUUCUUAGCGCCGCGCUCGUGCGUCGGCUGCGGUCUGUCCUUGUGCUCUUCACCACACGUCGCGAGGCGAUGGUUCGACUCAGCAGCGACAAGCUAAUGCUGUGCUUCACUGCCGACGAGACCCCGUCGCGGAGCGACAUCGCCGCGGAAAUCACGCGCACGCUGGUGCAAGAGGAGUGCGACGUGUACCAGCGGCGGUUGGCAGAGGUUUACGAGAUGAUGACGCAGCGGCUGACGGCGUACCUGCCGCAGGCGAAGCUCGUGGUGGACGUGGAGGCGAUGCAGCGGCUUGCCGGUGACGAUGCGCACAUGCUCUCCGCGAUGCGAUUGUUAGUGCAUCAGCAGAGUGAGUGGGUACUGCAGCGGCUCGUGGAGGGGGUGAGCAUUGGGUGGGACACGGAGCUUGGCGCCGUGGUGCGGCGUCAUGUGCUGCAAGUGACGCUCACCUUGGACCCAGGCCUCUACGGCACCUGCUACCUAUCUCCUGACGGUGUUUUUGCGUACUACUGCCCCUUGCUGUGCUUGGAGCGGCAGCCGCCUGGUGCGCUGACACCAUCCUCCCUCCCCUCGUGGCAGCUGCUGAGCUCGCAACACAUUGCGUCACUGCUGCUCAUGCAGCUAGCGGUUCGCGAACCGCAGGUGCUUCAGUUUGUGGAUCGGAAGCGAAGCGUGGCGUGCUGGACCACCGCGCGCCGCAUCCCGCGCCGCAUCCUUCCUGGCCGCCCCGUCGUCAUCGAGGUGCAGGCGCGCAACUUGUUCAAUCGGCCUCUGCGUCGCGGUGGGGAGCGACUGUUGCUGAUGGGCGAGGUGGAGAAGCUGCGCGUCGAGGACGCCGGCAAGGGGCGGUACAUGAUUCGCUUUGACUCGCCCCAGCGGGCCGGCGGCCAUCGUCUCUUCAUUCUCCUUCACGGGCAGCCCAUCGCACAGUCACCAAUGUGGUACACGGUGUGGCCCGGCGUGGUAGACCUCUGCCGCACACGCGUGUGCGACACGUUUAACGCAGUAGUGAUAGGUGUGCCCUUCACGGUGCUUCUGCAGCUCCGCGACGCCGCCGGCAAUCGACUGCUCGCGGCACCUAACGGGUUGACGGUGGCGUGCGCGUCCCCUGCCUCAAUGGUACAGCUGCAGACGUGGGGGUGGAAAGGGCCUGGCAGGGUGGCGGUGACGCUACGAGUGCUGCCCGCCGUGCCCACCAAGACGGCGCUGAUCAUCUCGCUCAAGCUUACGUGCCAGUCGGCUGCCGCUGGCGCUACUGCGGAUGGCGCUGUCUGCACGGCUACAGUGCCUCUUCCAGCAUACUCAUGCGUCGAUAGCAAAACCUACCAGCAUGUCUGCCGCGUGCGUCGCGGGCUCAUUGCGGAUAGCGGCUCACCCAUUCGUCACCAGAGCCCGUGCGCGUACCCGGGAAUGGGGCCGACACCCCACACAGCGCCGCCGCAGCCAUCCAGCCUCUACUUCCGCCAAGCGACGCGGCGUGCGGUACGCAGGAAGCUUGCGAAAGCAGCAGCCGCGCUGGGUGGCGCGCUGAGCUACCGCUAUCCGCGCAACGCCGCCAUGAAGCGGCUACAGAUGCGCACCAAGUUGGCCGCAUUAAAAGGCUCAGGUGGUACAAGGCCGCGCGCAAAGCCCGUCUCCAAUUCCGGCAGCGCGGCUGUCACGCCCACAACUGCAUGA